AGUCACCACAGGAUGUGUUUUUAAGUUUUAGAAAGUAUGCCCAUUAUUUCCGUUCCCAUAAGAGAGUUUUACAAUUUAUGUAAAGUAAGGUCUUGGUGGUACCUCGGCCCUGUCUGGUGGUGUGACUACAUGAUUCGCAGGAUGGAAUGCCACAUUUAAAAUGCAGGCUCAGAUUAGAAGCUCCCAAAAAUUGGAAGAAUGCUAAUGUAGAGUCUCCUUGGCCUGCCAAGGAUCAUCCUGCAUGAAAAUACAGCUCUGAGGUAAUUAUGGAUCUGAUCAACUCUACCAAUCACCUGAUCAAUGUGUCUACUUUAGUAAGAAACACUUACCUUGUAGCUCCUGCCUCAAAAAUGAUUGUUGCCCUCUCUUUGUUCAUUUCAUGUAGCAUCGGUACAAUCGCCAAUGGCCUCUAUUUGUGGGUGCUAAAAUUCAAGAUGAAAAAGACUGUCAAUACUCUCUUAUUUUUUCAUCUCAUUCUCUCAUAUUUUAUUUCAACAUUGAUUCUGCCAUUUAUGGCCACCUCCUUUCUUCAAGACAAUCAGUGGACCUUUGGAACUGCACUGUGCAAGGUCUUCAAUGCCACUUUGUCUGUGGGAAUGUUCUCUUCUGUUUUUUUCCUCUCGGGCAUUAGUCUUGAUCGUUAUCUUCUCACCCUUUACCCAGUGUGGUCCCAGCAGCACCGCACCCCACGCUGGGCUUGCAGCAUUAUCCUGGGAGUCUGGAUAUCUGCGACUGCUCUCAGCCUGCCCUAUUUGGUUUUCAGGGAGACACAUCGUGACCAUAAAGGAACAGUGACCUGCCGAAAUAACUAUGCUGUGUCUACCAACUGGGAAAGCAAAGAGAUGCAAACAUUAAGGCAAUGGAUUCAUAUAGCCUGUUUCACCAGUCGCUUCUUGCUGGGCUUCCUUCUGCCUUUCUUCAUCAUCAUCUUUUGUUACAAAAGUGUAGCCAGCAAGAUGAAAGAACGAGGCCUGUGUAAAUCCAGCAAGCCCUUCAAAGUCAUGAUGACUGCCAUUAUCUCUUUCUUCGUGUGUUGGAUGCCCUACCAUGUACACCAGAGCUUAAUUCUCACCAAGAACCAGUCAUUACUUUCAGAACUGAUUCUGGUACUUACAGCGCUAACCACUUCUUUCAAUACUGUCUUUUCUCCCACACUCUACCUAUUUAUUGGAGAGAACUUCAAAAAGGUUUUCAAGAAGUCCAUUCUUGCUCUGUUUGAGUCAACGUUUAGUGAGGAUUCUUCUUCAGAAAGGACACAAAACCUGAAUUCAGGAAACUAAAUUUAAAUUCUGAAUCCAUAAGGAACGUAAUUUGUCAGUUGUACCACUAGAAAUAUACCCUCUGCUUUUAUAUCCUAUAGUCUCUGUACUGGAGAGACAUCUGGGCUAUACUAUAGAUAGAUCUAUGAGUAUUAUAAUAAAAGAGCUGCAAGUAAACAAGCAAUAGAUUAUGUUGUAAAUGUGUUUUGUUAAAACUGUUUUCAUCGUGGUCAAAAAAAGUUAUAUAACAUAAAAUUUGACAUUUUCACCAUUUUUAGUGUAUAUUUUAGUAGCGAUAAUUAUAUUCACAUCGUUAUGCAACUAUCAUGACUAUUUCCUAAACUUUUCUUCACUCUAAGAAGAAACUCUGUAUGCAUUAAAUAAUAACACCCCAUUCCCCAUUCUCCCAGGCCCUAGUGAUCUCCAAUCUACUUUCCAUCUCUUUAAAUUUUCCUGUUCUAGACAUUCUAUAUAAGUGAACUUAUCCAAUAUUGAUCUUAUGACUGUCUUAUUUCACUUAGCAUAAUGUUUUCAAGAUUCAUCUAUGUUGUAUCUUCAAAACUGCAUUCUUUUUUGUUAUACUGUUUUUUUCUCUGAUUCAUGAUACAUGCGGACAUAAAUGUGACAGUAAAAGGGAGAAAGAGAGAAUGAGAGAGAAAUGAGCACCCUCCACAGGCUCUGGUCACACCAUGAUCCCCUCCUCCAGUCCUGCAGCCCACUGGAUCUUGCACACUCACAUACAUGCCCCAUACAGUUCAGGUCAACCAGGCCAGGGAAUCAAAUCGCAAUUGCCAUGUGGGCUCCAUCUCUUGAGCAGCACAUUACCUAUGCUAGGGAGCCAGUCCUGCAUUCCUUUUCACUACUAAAUUAUAUUCCAUUAUAUGCAUAUACUACAUUUUGAAAAUUCACUCAUUUGUUGAUGGACACUUAGGUUGUUUCUACAUUUUGACUAUUGUGACUAAUGUUAUUAUAAACAUUUAUAUGCAAGUGUCUGUAUGAGUCCUUGUUUUCUGUUAUUUUAGGUAUAUGUCUAAGAGUAGAAUUACUGGCUCAAAUGGUAAUUCUAUAUUGAAUGUUUUGAGAAACCAUCAAACUUUUCUAUUGGGUCACUGGAAAAGUCAUGACACAU